AUGUCUACGCCCAUCGCACUGCUAUCCGUCUAUGACAAGACUGGCUUGCUCGAGUUGGCUCAAGGCCUUCACGCGGUUGGCAUCCGUCUGUUGGGAUCUGGAGGGACUGCGAAGAAAAUCAGGGAUGCAGGCAUUCCCAUAGAAGAUGUCUCCGACAUCACGAAAGCGCCUGAGAUGCUUGGAGGCCGAGUGAAGACUCUGCAUCCCGCUGUGCACGGCGGUAUCCUCGCGCGUUCCAUCCCAUCCGACGAGGCCGAUCUCAAGGCGCAGUCGAUCUCCCCCAUCUCCAUCGUCGUCUGCAACCUCUACCCCUUCACCUCCACCAUCGCUCAGCCCAACUGCACUCUUGCCGACGCUGUUGAGGAAAUCGACAUCGGUGGUGUGACGCUGCUCCGUGCUGCUGCCAAGAAUCACGCGCGCGUGUCCGUCCUCUCCGACCCCGCUGAUUACGCUGAGUUCCUCGAUGCCUGGGGCGCCGGAAAGGGCGAAGUCGGCCAGGCUCUGCGGAGCAAGCUCGCGCUGAAGGCAUUCGAGAUGACCGCGAAGUAUGACGAUGCCAUCAGUGGGUACUUCAGGGAACAGUACACCAGCUCGGAGCUGCCCCUUGAGAAGCUCGUCGGACCGGUGCAGCGCAUGGCACUCAGGUAUGGCGCAAACCCGCACCAGAAGCCCGCGCAGGCGUAUGUCACGGAGGGACAGUUGCCGUUCAAGACAUUGUGCGGCUCCCCUGGUUAUAUUAACCUCCUCGAUGCGCUCAACUCGUACGCUCUCGUUAAAGAGCUGCAGGACGCGCUUAACCUCCCGGCCGCGGCUUCCUUCAAGCACGUAUCGCCAGCAGGGGCAGCCGUGGGCAUCGAGCUCAGUGAGACCGAAAAGAAAGUGUACGGUGUGGACGACCUCAAGGAGCCACUGACACCUUUGGCGUCCGCGUACGCGCGUGCUCGGGGCGCUGAUCGUAUGUCUUCCUUCGGUGACUUCAUUGCUCUGUCCGCACCAUGCGACCUUGCCACCGCACGCAUCAUCUCGCGGGAGGUGUCCGAUGGCAUCAUUGCCCCCGGUUACUCUCCAGAGGCGCUUGAUGUCCUCUCCAAGAAGAAGGGCGGCAAGUACUGCGUUAUCCAGGCACGUAUUGACCCGUCUUACGUCCCAGCGCAGAUUGAAACGCGGCAGGUGUACGGGAUCCACAUGCAACAGCGGCGCAACGACGCCAAGAUAAGCCCCGAGCUGUUCUCGAACCUAGUCACGGAGAACAAGGAGCUCCCGUCAGAAGCCCAGACGGACCUGAUCGUCGCCACGCUCGCACUGAAGUACACGCAGUCCAACAGCGUCGCCUACGCGUACCACGGUGCUAUCAUUGGCAUUGGCGCCGGCCAGCAGUCGCGCAUCCACUGCACCCGCCUCGCGGGCACGAAGGCGGACCUGUGGUGGCUCCGGCACCACCCGCGCGUCCUCGCGCUACCGUUCAAGAAGGGCGUGAAGCGCGCGGAGAAGGCGAACGCCAUCGACCUGUUCGUCUCCGGCGAGGUGUUCGAGAGCGGCGGCAGGGAGAAGGAGCAGUGGGAGGCGCAGUUCGAGGAGGUGCCUGCGCCGCUCAGCGUUGAGGCGAAAAGGGAGUGGAUGGCGAAGCUGGAGGGCGUCGCCUGCAGCAGCGACGCGUUCUUCCCCUUCCCGGACAACGUCCACCGCGCAAGGAGGAGCGGCGUGAAGUACUUGGCGGCGCCGAGUGGUAGUGUCAUGGACGAGGAGUGCGUGAAGGCGGCGGACGAGCACGGGAUGGUGUUCGCACACACCAACCUGCGGCUGUUCCACCACUGA